CGGCCACGUUCAUCCUGUUUCCAGAGGACGACUGUUCCCAGUCCCUAAGGUUUACGGCUCUUUUUCCCCCCCCCCAAGAGUUCCUAAAACUGCGUGUAACUGCCGGUGGUGUAUUCCCGACAACAUUCAGAUUAUUGUUGUGGGGAAGAAAGAAUAAUUUUGUUUUCUAAAGCAAAACAGUCUACGAGUCGUGAAGUCGGCUGUGUUUACCCCGUUUCCCAGAGACGCACAAAAGGCACACUCCCAGAUCCACCUGGAUAGCUAACAAAGCCGCCCGGUCCGGUUAGAGGUCCAGUGGGGAGACGGAGAGGAGAAAUUGGCGCGGAAGACAGGAGCAAGACACAAGACAGAGGAAGACAGGAUGAAUCUCAAGAGUCAUUUGAUUUUCACCCUCUGCACUAUUCAUGGGAUUCUUCUGAAAGUGGUGGCCUCAAAAGGCAAAGUUCGAGGUAUCAGUGGUCAGUAUCCUUUGGUUCAAAAUGUGACUGUGACAGAGGGUGGGACAGCGAACUUGACCUGCCGUGUGGAGUCUAAUGACCACACCUCCCUCCAGUGGUCAAACCCGGCACAACAGACUCUCUAUUUUGGAGACAAGAAAGCUUUACGGGACAACAGGAUUGAGCUUGUCCAUGCAUCGUGGUCGGAGCUGACCAUCAGCAUCACUGAUGUCUCCCUGUCUGAUGAAGGCAUGUACACCUGCUCUCUCUUCACCAUGCCUGUCAGAACAGCCAAAGCCUACCUAACUGUUCUAGGUGUGCCGAAGAAGCCAGAGAUCGAUGGCCUGACAAAACCCGCCAUGGAGGGGGACCAGAUCACUCUGACCUGCAUCACUCAGGGCAGCAAGCCUGCUGCUGACCUACGCUGGUUCAGGAAUGAAAAGGAGGUUAAAGGUGCCAAAGAGGUGAAUGCAAGUGGGAAGACAUUUACAGUGCGGAGCUCUCUGCAGCUGCAUGUGGACAGAAAUGAUGAUGGAGUGGCUUACACCUGCAGAGUGGACCAUGUGGCACUCACACAGACACCACAGCAGGCUACUGAAGUACUGGAGGUCCACUAUGCUCCCCGUGUAGAGAUCGUCCACUCCCUUGCAGUCCCUCAGGAAGGCCAGUAUUUAAAGCUAGAGUGUGUUUCCAAAGGAAACCCAUCGCCAGAUCCUGUGAUGUGGACAAAGGAUGGAGGUGAACUUCCCGACCUGGACAGGAUGAUUGUAGAGGGGAGGGAGCUCACCUUUACCUCACUCAACAAGACAGACAAUGGCACCUACCGUUGUGAAGCUACCAACCACCUAGGAACUAGCAGUGCUGAAUAUAUACUCUACGUCUACGACGCCCCCACCACCCUGCCUCCAUCCACCACUCCCCCCCUACAUCCCAUCCUUCCAGAUCCUACAGCUCAAUUAGGCACCCACGCCUCAGACCCCACAGUCACUGGCAGCAGAGAUCCUAAUGCACUGGGGCAGCAUGGCACUGACCACGCCUUGAUCGGUGGAGUGGUGGCCGUAGUGGUCUUUGUCACCUUGUGUUUAAUCAUUGUUCUGGGAAGAUACCUCGCCAGGCAUAAAGGAACAUACUUGACGAACGAAGCCAAAGGAGCUGAUGAUGCGCCCGAUGCCGACACAGCCAUCAUCAACGCUGAGGGCAACCAUGCACACGCAGAAGAAAAGAAAGAAUACUUCAUUUAGACUGCAGAGGGAGCAGUGCAUCUCUCUCCUUUCCACCUUUCAGUCUCUGUAUCUGUUAUUCUCUCUUUCAGUCUCCCACUUUUCUUCUUCACCUCUGGCCACUGCCUGCUUCAAGUCAACAGGGAGCCCACAGGCAGCGAAGCUCUUUAUGUAUAUUCCUAUUAGUUUUUCCGGUGCAUUUCUCUUGGUCAUGUUCUCCUUUAAUUAUUACAUCAUUUCUGGCUGACGCUUUUCAGCCGGCAGCUUGCUGUUGCUGCUGGAGUUGUCCCUCUUUUCACUCUUUUUGUUUUUUUUGUUUCUUGUCAUGAACACUUGGAAAUCUUUAUCUCUACCAUGACGGCUUCUUACAUGACCCCUUGUUUGUCUUUUACUCCUGUUUCUCACCAUGCAGACACACAAACACAUAUAAAAUGAAACCCCCUGUGUUCAUAAACACAUAUCAUAUCUCACAUCAACACGGUGCCUAAAAAUACAGACGCCAUUGAACUUCUGUCAAUGCCUUCAUGUAUCGUCUGUCAGUAGCAAUGUAAAUGCUUUGUAGAUCAUUUCAUUGCCUAGCUCACAGCUUUUUGAUUAUGCCUUGUGUCUUUUUUAUUUGAAUGAAGAUCUGUGCUGUUUACGCCUUAUACAUGUCUAUCACAUUGAGUCUGGUACUUUUAGAUGAUCCACCUCUCCCAACCCCAUCCCCCUUUAAAUAGACCUGUAAUUAAACACUUGACCCCUUGUAAGAUAAGAAGAAGGUUUUGUGUAACACUGUAGCAAGGUUUGUCAGAUAAGUGUAUAAUAUGAUUUUCACUAUUAGGGUAGGAGUAAUAAAAGGUAGUGUGGUUUUGUUUAGAGCAGAGAAUACACACCAAAAACAUACAAAUGCUAGAUAAAGCAUUCCAUCAAGUCCACUCAAGCAAGUAUAUUAAACCAUUUGCUAAAUCUACGGUUCCUGUGUAUUAAGAUCUGCUUAUUCCUGCUCUGUGCAGGCAAAACACCUUCACCGUCAUCUGGUCAGCUUACAGUAGAUUGCGUUUCAUCUAAUGGGUUCAGGUGUACAGAAAGAGGCAAUCUCCUCCGUUGAAAAGUUGUAUAAAUUGUAUUGAAAUUAGUUCAAUGUUUCACUUUUACAGAUUAGUUUCUGUUUAUGUACCACUGAAGUCAUUUCAAGGUUUAACAACCUCGUGAAAUGUGCAUUGAACCACUGGUUGUUACUACAAGAUAAAAUCAAGAAUAGCUACAGUAUGUAAAGAAAAAAAAAGUGUUCAUUUUUUUAUUAUUAUUAUUCAUCUUUCAGUAAUUCUGAUUGAUACCUCAUGAAGGUUGAGGUGCAGGCAGCUUUCAGCAGUUACUGGUUCAUAGACAAGAUUAUAAAUACUGAUGACAUCAGUUUGACUGCCACCUUCAGAUGUAUGUGUAACUAGUUUCUAACUGUUUAGUUAAACUGUUGUAUUUCCAUCUAGUCAAGGUCAUUUUUUAUAAACCACACUUUCAUUUCAUGGGAUUCUCAAGUGAAAAAAAAAAAGCAAAGAAAGAAAGAAAUGGCGCGAGCGUUGGGUCAUACAUCUGCAGGGGCCUCAUUUCCGAAUCUAAAAACUGGAGACAAAUAGAGAAGCACAAAAAAAUGACUGAAUGAGUUACUGUGUUCCUUUGCCAACAACUAGAUUGCCUUGGGAACGGUUCUUCUAUUCAAAUGGGUAGCAGAAAGAUGACAAAGCUGUCUUUGAUUCAGUUGUGAGAGAAUAGAGCUGCAGUGCAUCUUUUUGAAAAUGUAAGCUUAAACAUGUUUUUAUAUGGAAAAGAAGUUUAUAAUUUUCUUUUUUCUUUUUAUUUUUCUUUCAUUUAAAAUGGUUAAAGCUCCCUGCUGUAUAUCGUGUCUGCUAAAAUGUGGUUAAUUGUGAAAACUUGCUGUUAAAUUUUGGACUCCUGUAUUGCUUCAAAUUUGUAUAUUAGCCACCUUAUAUAUUUACUUUUUAUAAUUUUUCACUGCAUACAUCUUAUUAGAAGGCUUUAUCUGGUCUAUAAUCAAUAUGUUUGUUUCGUGCUAAGCAUGUUCAUAAUGUGUAAGAACUAAACUUUGGUAAUACACAUUGGCAUGUUUAUUUUAUUUUAUUAUAUAUAAAUAUAUUUUUUUUGUUUUGUUUUGUUUGUUUUCCAUGUUUAAUUUAUUUGAACUGAAUUUAUCGAAGAGAGAGAGCUACAAUGGGGGUAAAUUCAUUUUGGAGAACGAUGGCUCCUUGCGUUUGUGGUGUGCUGUCAGGUGCUACACAUUUGAAGGAUAAAAAAAUUAUGUAUCUACAUAUAUAUGUAUAAAAAAAAAGAAGGAAAAUAGGCAAUUCUGUGGUACAGCUUUGGGAGAAAAUUGGUGUACAUUUACUGCUUGUCCACAGAAAUUAAAUAAAUCAACCAUUUUUCUUCAUGAAGUUCUUAAAGUAUUGAAAGUACAAUCAAAAUUAAGAAACUUAAGAGCAAGAAACAUUACCUUCAUGAUGGUGGCUAUAAAGUCCUGGCAAAUUAAGCCAACCAUAAGACAGUAAACAAUUUUUAAUUUUAUACAUAUUUACUAUUCCUCUUUCAUCCCUCUGCAGGAGUUUGGCUGACUGACUUCCCUGUGAAAGAGCAGAAACACCUAAAGACUUAAAAACCAUGCACUAAUUUACGUAAAAGGAGCAAAUUAUUACCAAGGGCGAAAAAAAAAAAAAAAAAAGUGGGCCCAGCUGUCCCCAAUUUGGUGGCCAAUUUACAGCAUUAUGCAAAUAAGGUCAGCAAGCAAGGUCUUUUUCCUGAUUUCAAUAAUUCAAAAACUGCAGGAGUUAAUCACAAGUUGGGAAUUAUUAGGUCGAUAUCAGCUCAGUUUUUAACUGGUCAGUGCUUAGGAAGGAUGUAGGCUGUAAACUGCAAUUACACAUUUAACACUUUUUGUGCACUUAAGUUUUCUGUUUACAAGUUUCAUUUUAGCAUCAUUACAAAUCUGUAGAUCCAGAUUAAAUCAUUACAGACAAGCUCUGGUCUAUAUAGACCUAAUCUUUUACAUGUAUUUGUCACAGUAAUGUCAUGAGGUUCUUUUUUUCUAUCUGCAUCAAUUUAUUGUGUCUUAAAUCAUUGAUGGUGUCACAUUUUCUGUUGCUUUUUAACUCUGUAUCCAUCAAUAAAACAUGUUAGGAUUCUGGAGAGAGAGAAAGAGGUCUGGAUAGUAUAUGUUAAACGAACAUUCAGAAUUAACUGGAUCUGCAGUGAAGACUUGGUGUUGGCACUACAAAUGAUAAGGUGCCCUUUUGUUGAAUUAUGCACCCCCACCAGUGCACUGUAUUUCCUAUUAAUUGUUAAAAAUGUAUGAUUUGUUGUACUCUGAAAAUCACAUGUAAAUAUUUGUUUAGACAUUUUUGACAUGACAGUAAUGAGGUGAUUCAUUGCGAUGGCUUUUUUUUUAUAAUCACUAGACCAAACCUAAAUCUUCUAAAGUUUGUUAUUUUAACAUCUUGGCUCAUAUUACCAUGCUCUAUUUUACCAUACAGAUUCAUCUGUAGCUUUGUUUUAUCUUAGUCAUCUUUAUCUGUUGUCGGUUGAAACUAAGCUUUAAAACUUUGCCUCCUUUAUUUACAGUAUGUAUUGGUUUGGUUAAUAUUCACAUGAUCACGGGCCUCUAAUUUCAUUCAAUUCAGUAAUAGUACUAACAUAGCUGCAGUGCCAUUUUCAUUGGGCACGGUUCCAUUUUAUGGGAUUGUGUCUCUUAAUUUUCUGGCUCCAGAAAAACCCCUUUUCUUCCACUAAAGGCGCACAUGGUGCAGCUGAGGUUGUGCAUUUAUGCAGAUUAAGCAGUCCAAUGCUGACAGUAAUUUUGGCAUGAAAUUGCAGACAAUUUUGUGAACAAUUUUCAUGCUGGCAAAGGCACGCACACCCCGUUACAAAAUUAUAAAACCCCCUUUUUUUUCCUCUGUGCACUGUUAGAUUUUUGUUAACCUGAAACAGAUUUAAAAACACAUCUUUUGACUUGUUACCUAAGAAGAUGAAGUAAUAUCAGAUUUUUGUUUCUGAAUGAUUGAAUUCAUUGUAAAAUGGGAUAUCAGAUCCCAUUAGGGAGCUGUUUAUUUGUUUAUUCAUCUGGACUCAUCUUCUACGUUCUCAUUAUGCUGCACUCAUUCUAAGUACAUGUUUUUUUUUUGUUUUUUUAUUACAUGAUACUAGUCUUACAGCAAACCUGCUCACAAUAAAUCCCCAUAAGUCGAAACAUAUAGGUGCAUUUGUGGAUUAGGCUUUUUUCCAGUUUCAGGAAAUUAGAGGCCUAUAUCAACCCCUGGUUAUAAGAGAACAGGUAUAAAAGAAAUUGUUGCCGUGGGUUAUUAUCUCUAUGGUUCUUUUUAACUGUACUGGUUUACAUUAUAUUUUAAUUAGUAAUUUUAACGUUUAAGCCCUCCACAGCUGUGAUAACACAACAUGGCCUGUCUCUGUCCCACCUCUCUUCUUCUGGCCUUCAUACGGCUUUGCUGUACAGUUUUCAAUAUUCACACAAGCAUCAAUCAGUCCAAAUCCUCUAUUGUCACAUUAAUGACAACCAGUGACACAGUCGCAUGUAGUGAUGUGCUGAUUUGUUUGAUUUUGUUUUUUGUUUUUUUCUUUUGCAUCUCAGGAAUAUAUUUCACUUAGAUUUUCUUUUGUUUGUUUCCUGUCUUAAAAUUGGGACUUGUGAGCACUUAUCACUCUGCUAGUCCCCUGAAUGCUGACACCAUGUAUUUGUUGAGUUUAAGGUUUCAACAAUGUUAAUAAAAUUAUUCAGUGAUUCUUCAGUUUGUCUGUCACCUUGCUGUCGUUGGAAUAUGAAGUAUACAGCACAGUCUUUUUUCUUUUCCUUUUUUUUUUUUUUUUUUUUUUUUAGUUGAUCAAUGACUUAAAACACUGAGAUUUAGAAAUAUGCUGCAAAUGAAGUUUAAUCAUUGUGGGUUUUUUUUUUUUUUUUUUUUUGUUUUUUGUUUUUUUACUGAAAAUAAUUUCAUCUUGUGGUAUGAACCCAUUUCAAUGCCUCCCUCUGUUGUUUUUUGAUUCUUUUAUCUUUAUCUAUUUUUAUUUUUUGUGCAGAAACACCCUAUGUCUAUCAGUCUGUAGAUGGAAGGUGUUUCAAGGCACUAUCACUCACUAAAUACAAAACAUCCACAGGAAAGCUCUGUAAAGACCAGGAUUAGAGCUAGACGUAUGUUAGUUCUGACUCUGGUGAAAUAAGUCGUUUCAUAUCAAGCUGUACAAAAGAGAGCUUGAAUUGUUACAUAGCCCCGUAAAUGGAGGUGUUUCUCUCCCAUUGUCUGUGGGAUUUAUUAUUCGAUUUAGAGGUUUGUAUGUAUGAAAUCAAAACUGUUGAAUAAAUAGCUGCCAAAAC